GCAAAAGCAGAAGAAAGUCCUUCUAGAGGACACCCCGCUGACGUCAGCAGUUAAAUCCGACUGACCAGUGACCACUUUGACGUCAGAAAUAAUCAGAUGCGAGUUGAUCGAUUCAAACAUUGGGAGAAAGGCUACUGAAUACAUGUAUAUGAUAUAAAUAUAAUCGGGGAAUCUGAUGUUUUUGGAUGGUGAUGAAAGCACAGUAAACGUGGUGCGUGUGAUGAUGCGGCAGGCUGCGUCCACGUCACACUCCUGCGUCUCAUAAAGUUUCCGAGCGGCUCGAGAAGGAUCUGUAGAUCUUCAUCUCCGAGAACUGCAGGAGAGUUACAAAAGAGCAAUGCAGCACCUAAAGAAUUGCCAAGGUCUUGCUCAGGUCUUCCUUAUCAGGAGCCAAAGUUCCAGACUUUCAAAGAGCGUUAUUCCGUCACUGUCCGUGUGGGCUGGUCAUCUGCCCUGUCGCUGGAGGAGCACCGGUGGACAUGGAAGACAGAAAUACUUUAAUGACAGGCUGCCGAAGUUUAGAUUCGCUCUGGCAGGGCUGCUGGCAGGUACUGGAGCUGUUUUAGCUUAUAAGCUCCACCAAGACAAGGUUCAGUGGGCUGCUACCUCACCACAGUUACGGGUAAUGCAGACUUCAGAUCUUCCCGUUUACAGCCUAGAAGAAGUCACAAAGCAUUGUUCUCUUGACACUGGUGUGUGGGUCACCUAUAAAGGAGGAGUCUACGAUAUCACUGAAUUCGUGGCCAUUCACCCUGGUGGUGACAAAAUACUUCUGGCUGCAGGUGGAGCUCUGGAACCGUACUGGGCAUUAUAUGCCGUUCACCAGCAAGACCAUGUUCUAGAAAUCCUCUCUGAAUAUAAAAUUGGUGUUCUUAAUCCAGAGAGUUACAAGAAGCAAGAGAGUGCCAACCCUUUAGACCCUUACUCUGCUGAGCCAACACGCCACCCUGCUCUUCAAAUCAACAGUCUGAAACCUUUCAAUGCCGAACCACCUGCAUCUAUACUUUCGGAUAAUUACAUCACCCCUUCAGUCAUAUUUUUUAAGCGUAAUCACCUUCCAGUGCCCAGGGUGGAUCCUGAAGCUUACAGGUUGGAGAUCGAGGGUCUCUCUGGCGGAGUAGUAUCACUUAGUCUAAGUGAGCUGAAGUCUCGUUUUCCAAAACACACCAUUACAGCAACGCUUCAGUGUGCAGGGAACCGUCGCUCUGAGAUGAACGCAGUCAAGCAAGUCAAAGGACUCAAUUGGGGCAUUGCUGCAAUAAGCAAUGCUACAUGGUCAGGUGCACGUCUGCGGGAUGUACUAUUAUACUAUGGCUUUGGACCAGAGGUUGCGGCAAAAGCUAAACAUGUCCAGUUUGAAGGGUUAGACAGAGAUGUGACGGGUACAGCAUACGGUGCAUCAAUUCCUCUGAACAAGGCUGUGAGCGAAGAAGGUGAUGUUCUCCUUGCGUAUGAGAUGAACGGCGAGGACCUCCCACCUGACCAUGGCUUCCCUGUCCGUGUAGUUGUACCUGGAGUUGUUGGAGCCCGCAAUGUCAAAUGGUUGGGGAAAAUUGUUGUAAGUGAUGAAGAAAGCAAUAGCCAUUGGCAGCAGAAUGAUUACAAAGGCUUUUCUCCGGGCACUGACUGGGACACUGUGGACUUUAAAUCAGCACCAGCCAUCCAGGAGCUCCCCAUACAGUCAGCCAUCACUCACCCAGCAGAGGGAACCUCAGUAGACCGCAGUGAUCGGGAGGUGACUGUGAAAGGCUAUGCGUGGAGCGGAGGAGGAAGAGAGGUUGUGAGAGUAGACGUCUCGGUAGAUGGAGGGAAAACGUGGCAUGUAGCCAAACUUCGCACUAGUGAUCAAGGAGAGCACCCUGCUCCUCCUCCUCCACCUGGAAGAGCCUGGGCUUGGAAGCUGUGGGAGAUAGAUGUCCCAAUUCCUCAUAGGGCUCAGGAGCUAGAGAUUGUGUGUAAAGCAGUGGACAGUGGUUACAACAUGCAGCCAGACACUGUCGCUCCAAUCUGGAAUUUACGAGGAGUACUUAGUAAUGCGUGGCAUCGAGUAAAGGUAAAAGUGACUGAGGGUUUCAAAGACCAAAAAUGAACUUUGUACAUGAACGUAAAAUGCAUCUAAACAAAAUUGUUGGAAUUCUCUUUGGUGCAGGUUGGGUUGUAGCUUUGCAACUGUUUUGAGCUUGUGGGUUCUUGAAAGUGCUUGAAAUUAUUUUGAUUUUACUCACAUAACUGGCUUGGAUUAUUCCUGGUAAUAGGACACCUAGUCAAAACUGACUGUACCAAGUUAUGAUUUGUCAUUCAUUUCCAGGAGAAAAAAAAAGUCUUCAAUACUUCAAUAAUGUACCUAAAAAUUAUUCUUUAGUACUUAAGAUAAUCUUAACAUGUAAGUGUACUCAAAUGUAAUAUUUUGGGACACCAUGCAUAUAAAUUAAGACAAAUUUUAAGUAUAGUAAGUACAAAAUUAGAGCGUGAAAAUAGAGUAGGUACAUUAUGAAAGUGCACUUUUUUUUCGCCUAGGUUGCUAUCAUGAAAUCUUAUGACAUGUAAACCACCUGGUUCAUAAUUGUAUUAUGAACAUCAACAUGUUCAAUGAUGAAGACUUGUAUUUCCACUGACUACUGAUUGUUACAUAAACUGCCUACUAAUAAGGUAUGUUUAAGAACUGUAUUCUUAUUUAUAUAUAUAUAUAUAUAUAUAUAUAUAUAUAUAUAUAUGCGCCUUGUUGUAUAUGCCAACAAGGCAUUUUCGCCCACAGGACUGCCGCAUACUUGAUGUUUUUUCCCUUUUCACACCAUUCUUUGUAAACCCUAGAAAUGGUUGUGCGUGAAAAUCCCAGUAACUGAGCAGAUUGUGAAAUACUCAGACCGGCCUGUCUGGCACCAACAACCAUGCCACGCUUAAAAUUGCUUAAAUCACCUUUCUUUCCCAUUCUGACAUUCAGUUUGGAGUUCAGGAGAUUGUCUUGACCAGGACCACACUCCUAAAUGCAUUGAAGCAACUACCACGUGAUUCGUUGAUUAGAUAAUUGCAUUAAUGAGAAAUUGAACAGGUGUUCCUAAUAAUCCUUUAGGUUAGUGUGUGUGUUUGUAUAUAUAUAUUAUUAUUAGGUUAAUCUCAAAAUAUUAGAAAAAGAAAACUUUUGCAACAUUUCAAAAAGUGAAAGUUUCAUAUAUUCUAGAUUCAUUCCAUGUAAAUUAAAACAUUUCAAAAGGUU